AUACUCCAGCAACAGUCAUGAGUAUUCAAGCUUCGAGAUCGCUGCUGCGGCGCCAAUUGCUCGGAGAUGUGAAGAGGAGAGUGGCAAGGGAACCAUACCGGUGCUUCUCUUGUACCUUUCCACAUGCGCAGCAACACACACCACCUCCCAAAAGCCCGCGAGAUGCACCUGGAACAACGCAUUUCGGGUUCGAGACCGUUGCGGAAGCAAUGAAAGAGCAGAAAGUCGGCGCCGUCUUCUCCUCCGUCGCCUCAUCGUACGAUACAAUGAACGACCUUAUGUCGCUCGGUAUCCACCGUCUCUGGAAGGACCAUUUCGUCCGCAACCUCAACCCUGGUCGCAACCCCCUCACAGCUCCCUCGCAAUCCUCUUUGUCCUCCGAACAAGGCUGGCAUAUCCUAGAUAUCGCCGGCGGAACUGGAGAUAUCGCUUUCCGCAUGCUGGACCACGCAUCCACUAUCAAUAACGACGCGCACACCCGCGUCACAGUUGCAGACAUAAAUCCACACAUGUUGGAAGAAGGAAAGAAGAGAGCCAUUGCCACACCUUAUGCACGGUCACCACGUCUGAAAUUUGUCGAGGCAAAUGCAGAAAAGCUUGAUAUGAUUCCAGACUCAAGCAUCGAUCUCUAUACCGUCGCCUUCGGUAUCCGCAAUUUCACGCACAAAGAUGCUGCGAUCCGGGAGGCAUUUCGAGUUCUCAAACCCGGUGGCGUGUUCGCUUGUCUCGAGUUCUCGAAGGUCAACAACUCCAUUUUCGAUGCCGUGUAUAAACGCUGGAGUUUUGGCGCUAUACCAUUGAUUGGACAGGUAGUUGCGGGCGAUCGGGAUAGCUAUCAAUAUCUUGUGGAGAGUAUUGAAAAGUUCCCCAGCCAGACGGAGUUUAGGGACAUGAUUAAGGAAGCAGGCUUUUUGGUACCAGGACAGGGCUGGGAGGAUUUGACGGGUGGCAUUGCGGCGAUACAUAAGGGGGUGAAGCCAGUUUCCUGAGUUCUGGUAGGUGUAUUAUUAUACUUUGUAGUUAUAUUGAUGGGAGAUGAAGAACCAGU